GACUAUGUCACAACCCGUUGGUAUCGUGCUCCUGAACUAUGUGGAUCCUUUUUCUCUAAAUACACUCCUGCAAUUGAUAUGUGGAGUAUAUGAUGCAUAUUUGCUGAGAUACUUACAAGAAAACCACUUUUUCCUGGAAAAAAUGUGGUGCACCAAUUGGAUCUCAUGACCGAUAUGCUUGGCACUCCCCCUCCUGAAUCUAUAUCAAGGAUUAGAAAUGAAAAGGCAAGGAGGUACCUUAUUAGCAUGUGUAAAAAGCCACCGGUUCCUUUCUCACAGAAGUUCCCUAAUGUGGAUCCCGGGGCUCUUCGCCUACUUGAGCACUUACUUGCAUUUGAUCCAAAAGAUCGUCCCACAGCUAAAGAAGCAUUAGCUGAUCCAUACUUUUAUGGUUUAGCAAAUAUGGAUCGUGAACCAUCCACUCAACCUAUUUCGAAAUUAGAAUUUGAGUUUGAGAGAAGGAAAUUGGCAAAAGAUGAUGUUAGAGAGCUGAUUUAUAGAGAGAUAUUAGAGUAUCAUCCCCAGAUGCUGCAGGAGUACCUCCGCGGUGGGGAUCAGACCAACUUCAUGUACCUUUCAAGCUCUUAACUUUUUUUGCUUAAUAUCCUUUAUGACAAUUUGCACAUUUGGAGGAGCAUUAUGGUAAAGGUGAAAGAAGUACUCCACUUAUAACAC